UCAAAUUAGUUGUCGCGCACAUCCCUAGUAAGUAACAAAUAGUUUUAUAGGUUUAGUGUGAGCUAACUAUAAUAACCCUGCAUGCAGCACAAGUAAAGCUGCCAGAUAUCAUACAAACAGCUGAGAAUUAGUCAUGCAAUGAUAUCGAACUUGAUUUGAUAGAUUUCACUGUGAAUAAAUCUAUGAACUCCAUAUAUCAUACUGACCCUGUGUUGGUGUUGCAGUCGAGCAUGAGCAUGUUUCUGGGUCUGCGGGCGUCUCCGGAGCCUCUGGACAUCAUCCUGCUGUCGGCCUUUGAGUUUGACCUGCAUCAGGUGAUCAAAGACUGCAGCAUCGCGCUCAAUAACUGGUGGUUCGUGGCUCAUCUGACGGACCUGCUGGAUCACUGCAAACUCCUGCAGUCGCACAACCUCCAUUUUGGGUCUAAUCUGCGUGAGUUUCUGGUUUUGGAGUACGCCUCGGGUCUCUUCACACAUCACAGGUGAUUAAAACCCAUUAUUUACCUCUGCAGACUGAGGACUAAAGAGUUCAAUCUGAUUAAAACUAGUCUAGACCACA